AAAUAUUCAGCUUCGUCUGCUCACAAAUUCGCUAGUUUCAACAUAAACUUAAAGUGGCCUCCAUUUAAUCUUUGUUAUUGUUCUUUUGCACACGCGGAUCAAUUCAUUACCGUCACCAGUUCACAUUGGAAUUCAAUAUUGGCCAUAUUUAAAUAAUAAAGUGACCAGCCAAUCAAAAAUAUCAUAUCUGAGCAAUAAUACGACCUCCCCACACCCACCAUAUACGUUAUAAUUACGGCCCUGUUUGAGUUAAUAUCUUUAUAAAUGUUACGAUUUCCUUUUCUGUAAUUAAGCCCAUUAAGGCAGAGGUGGAGCGCUGGCCUCUGAUUGGCGGGACGUCAGACUGGGUGUAUGCAGAGGGAGGAGGAGGAGGUGGAGGAGGUGGAGGGGUUUCCCUUCAGUGCGCCCAGGCGGAGUCCAGCGCGUGCAGAGCGCAGAGCAGCGCAGCAGAGAGAGAGAGUGAGGAAGACUCUCCACCGUCCACUGUGUCCUUCACCGCCGGGAUUAAUGUUUCCUCUCCGUCUGAACAGACCUGCUCUCUACAUGAAGCUUGGUCCUUCUCCGUGAUUUCUUCGCCAUGAGCUGCCUGGAUGUGAUGUACCAAGUGUUUGGUCCUCAGCCUUAUUUCAGCUCCUACAGCCCCUAUCACCACCAGAAACUGGCCUUGUAUUCCAAAAUGCAAGACCCGCAGGAUGGUGGCAGCCGCCUCGGCCCCCCCGGCCCCCCGGUGAUCAAGGAGGAGGACAAGGAGCUGCCGCCGGGAGCCGAGUACCUGAGCUCCCGCUGUGUCCUCUUCACUUACUUCCAGGGAGACAUCAGCACCGUGGUGGACGAGCACUUCAGCCGAGCCCUGAGCCACACGACGGCAUACUCUGCGUCGAGCAGCCACAAGGCCGUAAGAGACGGGUCAUUCCCCAUGAGCCAGAGGAGUUUCCCUCCGUCUUUCUGGAACAGCUCCUAUCAGCCGUCGGUCUCCUCCACGCUGGGCAGCGCUCUGUCGGCCCCCCACACGGAGCUCCCCUUCCCUGGGGACCCGUACUCCUCCGUCUCCCUGCACAGCCACCUCCACCAGACCAGCCCCGACGCCUGGCACCCAUCCCAUCACCACCACCAUCACCACCACAACCCUUACUCACUAGGGGGCGCUAUUGGCACCCAGGGCUCAGCAUAUCCACGUCCGGGGGUUCAUGAGAUGUACGGCACGGCGUUCGACCCGUGUUAUGGCUCUUUGCUGGUGCCGUCAGUGAGGCCUCACCACCGCCUGACAUCGGGCAGCUCGGUCCCGGGGCCCAGCGCCUCGCCCUGCGACCUGGGAGGCAAGGGGGAGUCAGGGACGGGCUCGAGCUGGAGCGGUGCCUUCACCGGAGCUGGAGCAGAAAUCGGACUCAACGUGGACACAGGUCUGCAGGCACAGGAUAAGACCAAGGAUUUGUACUGGUUUUAGAGACUGCUGACUCUUAACCCCCCCCAUGCACUCCUUCUUCAGCUGUAGCCUCUUUCUUCUACUCCUGCUCUACUCUGUUGCUCUGCUGCUGUUAUGGGAUGACUGACAGAGAAACUGAAAACUGGUCAGAUGGCGGUUUUGUACUGUAACGGCUUCUGAUCUACUUGCAGCUCGGUGUUACGGCGGACUGUGCAGCAGCAGCAGCAGCAGCACAGCCCUGCUGAGCUGAAUGCCAGCAGGAUGGAUACAAAAGUGAGCAUGGCAACAAAAGUGGACUCGUGGAGGAGAGAGAAAAUCUGAUCUUGAUGGAUGUGGACAAAGACAAGCCUCUUUGUGCUUCUGUAACUGUAACAGGCAGGGACAACAUUCCUAAACUGGAAAAAGUCCGGGGACAGACGGACAGAGACACAUGUGUUCCAAAGACAAACUCCAAAGACAAGCGCUUGAAGGACUUGGCAGGACUUGCCUCACUGGGACAACUGGGCUACAGACACUGGGAGUGUUAUGGCUGGAGGAAAGGCUAUGUUGGUUUUGAGGAGGCCGCACAGCAAGAAUUUGGCAGACUUAGAAGGCAGAAGAAGUCCGGACACUUUGGUUUACAUGGACUACUGGUUCAGUGUCAACUUAAAAAAGAAAAACAAAAAAAAAAGAAAAAAUGCUGUCUGUACUUUAUGGCACUGUAAAUUAAACUGUUUUGGAUGGGUUUCAACUGA